UUCUGCCGCCCGCCCCCGGUGGUGGCUCUGUAGAGAAGGCGGGGGGCGGGGGGGGACCCUUUCCUGGGCAACUGCAUGGAGACUGGGAGGAAACAGGUGUCGCAUGGGCUGGGGCCCAUGUGAAGGAUGGAGCCCUACCUGGGCCAUUUCAGGGCUUUGCAACCGCAGCGGGACAGGGAGCCUCUCCAUCUGAAGCAGGCCAGUGAGGAUGCCCCAGUGGCAAACAGUCUGCCCGGCCCAAAGGGAGGAACCUACGGGGUCAGCAUCCGAGUGCAAGGGAUUGACGGCCAUCCCUACCUUGUGCUCAACAACGCAGAGCAGCAGUUGCUUGAAAACCACACGGCCUCUGAAAAUGGCCAGCAGGUUGCCACCCAGACCCUUAAUAGAUCAGUCCCAGGCGCCAGCUCUUCCCGUGAACUUGAGGAGACCACAGGUGAAGGCAGGCCACGUUCGGGCACUUACAGGGCCCUGCCAAGUACGUUCAAAAGGACGAAGCAGGCCAGCGUGGAUGAUGGGGAGAAGAGCAGCUUAGAAAUCAAAGCUGGGCUCCCAAAGUCUUCCAGCCUGUUGAAUUUCCAGAGGCAUCCAGAACUGUUGCAGCCGUACAAUCCAGAAAACAAUGCCCUGAAUCUGGAAGAGUUUCCGUUCCCCCCGUUCCGUACAUCGAAGCCUCUUGCGGAUGAAGAAAAAACGGACGCAGAGUCUCGGAACUUACCCCUGAAAGUCGCACCGCUCAAUAGAACCACCCUCCAGUUAGCAGAACUUGCCAAACCGAAACCCAAAAUGGUGGAUCUGACCAAGCCUGCCGCAGGAGAAGACGUGAGCAAGCAGGAUCCAGAGCGCUCCGGGGCUGCGGAAAGUCUUAAUGGAACGCAUGGAUCUCCUUCCUCGAGCGGGGGGUCUUCGCACACGGUAAGCCCGCCCACCCUCCAGGAGCCAAGGAAAUGCAGGCCUGAUCUCCUUCCUUUCCGCAGGCAGGAUUCGGCCAGCUCUGUUCUGGACAGCUCCCGGCGGUCCUCGUCUUCCUCCGCCACCCCCACUUCCGCAGCCUCCUUGUACAAGUUCUUUCUCGAUGACCAAGAGUGCGCCAUCUACGCCGACAACGUGAAUCGGCACGAGAACAGGAGGUACAUCCCGUUUUUGCCGGGGACGGGCCGCGACAUCGACACCGGCUCCAUUCCUGCCGUUGACCAACUCAUUGAGAAGUUUGACAAGAAAGUCGCCCCCCACCGAAGAGGCAGGCUGGGGACGAGGAGCAGGAUCCACCCGGAGGACCGGAAGAGGUCCAGGAGUCUGGACAGCGCCUUAUUGCCUGGCCUCACGCUGAGUCCGGAUGGCUUGGAAGAGUUUAGUAAAAAUCUGGAGAUGUCCUCGGAGCAGGUCCAGGGGCCUGCGAAAGCGAGCCUGCAGAAGCCGUUCUCCCCGGAUCGCAAGCCAGCCUCUCUCGGGCAGCAGGUGGCCCCUCGGACGGUGGGCAAGCUUCAACCAGCGACGGCCAGAGGCCCCCCCGGCACCUAUUUCAACUCUUUGCGGUAUCACAAGCAAAGUAAAAACACCAGCGAGAGUGUGGCUUAUAAGUCGUCUACACUUCCGAUACUGAACAGAAAAGUGGAAAAUAAAACGAUGACGUCCACUCUCUUGUUACCAAACCGUGCUGAGGUUCAGAAAAAUUCUGCGAAACCAUUUGCUUCCUCUUCAAAAGUCCAGGUGACCCCGGAUCUCCUCAAGGGCCCACAGGAACUCUCGCAGCAAACCAACGAGGAGACAGCCAAGCAGAUCCUCUACAACUAUCUCAAGGAAGGGAGUGGGGAGAACGACGAUGCAACGAAACGGAAAGUCAACCUGGUGUUUGAGAAGAUCCAGACGCUGAAGUCCAGAGCAGCUGGGAGCAGCCAGGCUUCUGACACUUCAGCCGAAGUCAAGGGGCUGGUGGAGCAAAAGAAGGCGCUAGAAGAAGAGCGUUCGGAGCUGCAGAAGAAGCUGGAUCUGGAAGUCUGGAACCAGCAGAACAUGAGAGAGGAAAGAGACGCCAUGAGGGGAGAGUUGAGGGAGCUUCAGCAGCAGCUGGAGAAGAGUCUGGAGGAGAAGGAUGCCCUUCAGAGGCAUCUGGAAGAAACCGAGAGGGACCUGAGGCAAAAUCUAGAGGAGCUUUUCCAAGUGAAAAUGGAGCGGGAACAGCACCAGAGCGAAAUCCGGGACCUGCAGGACCAGCUCUCCGAAAUGCACGAUGAGUUGGAUGGGGCGAAGCACGCCGGGGAGGGCGAGAGGGAGAUCCUCGCUGAGGAGCUGAUGCAGCUGAAGGAGGACCUGAAGGACGUCCUGGCGGCCCGAGAACAGCUGGAAGAGCUGCUGAGGAAACGGGAGCGGGAGCUGACGGCCCUGAAGGGGGCCCUGAAGGAAGAGGUGUCCGGCCACGACCAGGAGAUCGACCGGCUCAAAGAACAGCACGGCCAGGAGCUCCAGGCGCUGAGGGAGAGCCUGGAAGAGGCCGUGGAGAGAGCCGAGGCCCUGUCCGCCAUGAAGGCUGCCUCUGAAGAAAGGCAAAAGGUCGCGGAAGGUCAAGCGAUGGAACUGAGUGAGCAGAACUGGCAGCUGAAGGGAUCCCUCGCGGAGAUGGAAAACCAACGGGAGGAUCUCUGGCAGCAGCUCGGGAGCCUAAAAGCGGACCGAGGGCACAUGGAGGAAAGGCUGAAGGGCUGCCAGGAAAAGGAGCAAGCUUUGGAAGAGUCCCUGGCACGUGCCGACGCAGAGGCGCAGAAGCUGGCCUUGGCCAAGAGUUCCCUGGAAGCCCAGCUGGAGGACGCGCAGAAGCACAUCGGUCAGCUGAAUCAGGAGCAGCAACAGUUAACUGACCGGCUGAAAGAUGAAGCCAACGAGAAGGAUCAGUUAAAGAGGAUGAGGAGCGAACUGGAGAAUGAGCGAUGGCAACUGGACAAGACUAUUGAGAAGUUACACAAGGAGAUGGCAGAAAUUAUAGAGGUCUCGCGGACAUCCACCCUGGAGCUCCAGAACCAGCUCGAUGGAUACAAGGAGAAGAACCGCCGGGAUCUUGCGGAGCUGCAGAGGCAACUGGAAGAUAAAAACCUGGAGCUAGAAAAGGCACGCCUGGCAGCCCUCAAACUGCAGGAGGAGGUGCGUUUCAUGGAGGAAGAACUACGGGAUCACCAGAGAGCUCAGGACGAGGCGAUCACAAAGACACAACUUUUGGAGCAGACCGUCAAAGCCCUGGAAUAUGAACUGGAAGCCAAGAACCACAUAAAAGAAGACCGGGCAAGACAAGCCAAGAUAAUGGAGGAGAAGGUGUCGCAGCUGGAACAAGAACUCGAAGAAGAACGAAGCAAUUCAGAUAUCCUGUCUGAAAGGAUCAACCGAGGCAGAGAACAGAUUGAACAAAUGAGAAGCGAACUGCUUCAAGAACGGUCUACGCGACAGGAUCUUGAGUGUGACAAGAUAUCUCUGGAAAGGCAGAACAAAGACCUGAAAAGCCGGAUCAUGCACCUUGAAGGCUCUUACAGGUCCAGCAAAGAAGGGCUCCUCGUUCAGAUGGAAACAAGGGUCAUGGAACUGGAGGAGCGGCUGGAGAAUGAAGAGAGGGAUCGGGCUAACCUGCAGAUGAGUAACCGUCGGCUUGAAAGGAAAGUUAAGGAGCUCAUGAUGCAGGUUGAUGACGACCAUCUCUCCUUAACAGACCAGAAGGAUCAGCUGAGUUUGCGUUUGAAAGCAAUGAAACGUCAAGUGGAAGAAGCCGAAGAAGAAAUAGACAGGCUGGAAAGCGGGAAGAAGAAGCUUCAGAGGGAGCUGGAAGAGCAAGUUGACUUGAAUGACCAACUCCAAGGACAGCUGAAUGCCCUCCGGCAGGAACUCAGGCGCAAAAAGACCUCAAGUAAAAUGCUGAGUGAUCUUGAUGACGACGACGACGAUUUCAGCACUGAUGGGGAGAGUCUGUAUGAAGCACCUUCAGGAUUCAAAUUCAUAAAGGAUGAUGAUAUCAAAAGCUAAAAAGGGUCCAAGUUACAGAGGCUCAACUUUUCUUGCUGAAACGCGAAGGACUGCAGAAUCUCAAGGACGCACAAGCGUCAGGGCUUGAGGAAGGCUGCCUAUUCUCCCAAAACGUGCCAUUAUCACACUUAAAUAUCUCGUAAAUAAACAGAGGAUUUGCCCUUCCCAACCAGGUAGAAGUGCUGCAGGUACUGAAAAGUUAAGGUGAUACUUCCCAGUGGAAAAUAAGGUGGUUGGGAUUAAAAAAAAAACAAAACUAAGGAAGAACAUUCUGUUUCUGAGCAGUGGUAAGCUGGGUUGAUCUGUCAUUGGGAUCACGGAUAAAGAGCAAGAGUGUGUGUGAUGGGUAUUAUUUAAUCACUAUAAGAAGAAAGAAUGUACAGUGUAGAAUGUACAUAUUUUAAAUUAGACUUUUUAUGGACCACUCUAGCACAAUUUUUGUAAAAUGAGUUUUUAUAGAGCACAUAAAAGGUGCAGAACACCUGUUUUGAAUAUCAUACUUUUAAAAGUUUU